AUGGUACUGUUGCUCAUCUACUGGGUUACUUUGGAGGACUUUGGCAUGAGAUUUUUCCUUGUAGAAACUGGAAGGAUUGUGGUGCUUUCUGGUAAUUUUUCUGGGAUAACUCGUGUUAAUAACAGUGCUUCUACGUUUGACCGCCUAUUGUCCCAAAAGCUUAAAGCCUCUAGGAAGUUGGUCAAUAAUUUGGAACACCCCCUUACUCCAGAUAUUCCAAAUGAUCCUGCAAUUAUACAGGCUCAUUAUCCUUGCUCAACGUCACCAUCUUCAAGCUAUUUGUCUGCUAGUGCUACCCCUCCAAUAAAUAUUAGUUCCAGUGCACAUUUGGGACACCCAAAUUCAAUUUCCGAAGGAAUUCUCUCCCUAGAUCAGCCUGUCAAAAACUUAAGGUCUUGGGAUUCAUUCCUCCCUCCUCCAACUGAAAAUGGGAAUGGGAUCACAAUUCCAACUUAUUGGCCAGACCACAUUGGGUUCUCAGGGGGAGUUUCUCAGAUGCAAAGCCCCGCCAUGAAUGUAUCUUUACCAAGUGAUACAUCAACCUUUGCACAAUUUUCUCAUCCCUUGUUGCCAACAGUUGGUACUAGUUGCCCAUAUUUAACUUUCAACAUGCCUCUACCAUUGCCUCUUCCAACAAGUGUUCCUACGAUACAGUCAGCUACAUUGCCUCCUAAUCUAGAUGUAAAUCCUGUUCUACCUCCUGUCGUGGACAGAUCUAAAUCAAGUUAUGAAACCGUUUCUCAAUCUAAGGCAUCUAUUGAUGGGUCGUCCAGUCUAGUUCACAGUGAGUUGUCUAUGCCAUCUUUAUUGACUCCAGUUCACCUUUUUCCGCUUGGGCCCCCAGGGGAAUCUUCAUCUCAUCUGCAGACUUCUUCUGGUUUCUCAGUUUUUGUAUUCUUGCUGAAUAAAACUGUUGCACGCACUCAUCACGUUGAGAGGGACAAUAUAAGGGAAAAGGGAAACUCGCUCAAGGGAGACCCUUUAUGCAGUCAUCACGUCUAUAGAGUCCAAAGGGGGAGAGCAAAUAGGCCAAAUGGAGCUUCCUUACACCCUCAUGAGAAAAGCAUGGGCAAUUCUCAGUGUCAAGAAAAUGGGGAAUUUGAAUUCUUAAAGUGCUUUAUGCCAAAUACAGCUGCUGUACACACUCAUAGCAGUUAUAGGAGUCGUGGAAGGGGAAAAGGAAAUCAGAUUACAAUAGCUGUACACAUUCACCACAGUUAUAGGGGUCGUGGACCAGGAAAAGGAAAUCAGGUAUCUUUUGCAAAGAGCAAAUUUACUGAGGAUUUUGAUUUCGAAGCAAUGAAUGAAAAAUUCAACAAGGAAGAAAUAUGGGGUCAUCUAGGUAGAAGUAAAAAAAUUGGACUAGAAGACCAUGAGGGGGAUGUAAAUGACAAUGGUGCAAAUAAGUCAGAAGAGGAAGAUGAAGUGAAGACUUUUUAUGUUAAGGAUGACUUCUUUGAUUCGCUAUCUUGCAAUUCACUCAAUCAUGAGCUUGUGAAAAGAAGGGCGGCCAAGUUAUCUGAACAGAGGAGAAUAGAUAUUGAGGUAUGUUGUGCCCCAUUAUCUGUCCUGUCUACUAUGAAGCACUGGCCUGCUGAAGGGGUCGCCAUAUCGGUGUCAUAGGCGACAUGGAUACACCCUGGACACGCCAGGUGGCUGUCCAACCGAUUACAUUAAAGGGAUUAAGAAUGCAAUGCAUUCUUUUUGAUUUUAUGCCAAGGACAUGCAGGAAACAUGAGUCUUAAGUGAGACACGUAGGGGGACACGAGGAUGGGCGGCUUCAUAAUAAAAGAAACUUAUUCUUUGAGUUUUAAAAACAUAGGAACAAAUUUCACUUCUUCCAUGUGGUUUGUCUUUCAAUUGAUGGAUCAUCUAUUAUUUAGGUAGAAGUAUUAGUUUUUCUGGGGUUAAGUUAGUGUCAGAUUUUGUUUGUUUUGGUUGUGUGUAGAUACGAUGUUUAUACUAAUAAACACUAAAUGUAUGUAAAAUAACACUUACAUAUAUACCUAUAUAUUUAUUUUCCAUGUCCUCUGCUGUGUGUGUGCCCCUAUGUAUUGUUGAAUUGCCAAGACCUGCGACAUAUGUGCCAGUAUCCAUGCUUCGUUGCAUGUUAUGAAGCCUAUAUUUCUUGUGUUUUAAUUGCUAGGGACGCCCCCUCACGUGUAGCCAAGCUCUCCUCCAUAAGCGGGCUAAACACGUGAAAAUUUUAAUCAUUAGGUAGGCGGUGAGGUUCGAACACAAAAUCUAUUGCCUGUUUUGAUACCAUAUUAGAUAGUUAACCACCA